UCUCUUUCAUUUUCACAAACACACACACUUUCUUCCUUUCUUUCUUCUGUUUAAUUUUAUUUUUAAUUUUCUUGCACGCACCGAAACCGCCCCUUUUCAAAGGCCAAAGGCUCUCUCUAUUCUCUCACUCUUUCUUUCCUCUCUCUGUUUAAUGGUUAGGGUUUCGUAGGGCCGUCAUCGGAAUGUUCCAGAAGGCCCUUCCUUCUCUCUUUGCCCUUUCCAAUUCCGUUAUACGACGGCGUUUCGUGCCAACCAUGCGUUGAAUUGUUUUUUUUUUUUUCUUUUUCCUUCAGUGGCGGCAGUUCUGGUAUGGAAAUGUAUGAUGUUUCUGAAACUAGAAAUGCAGAUGCUUAUUUGAUUGAAGGCACUGAUUUAAACUUACAUCUGACAAGCCCAAAUAUUCAACAAUUUCAAGCCAUGUUUAAUGAUGGAGCCCCUGAAUUUGUUGCUGAUCAGAACUUGUAUUACCCUGCUGCCACCAAUUAUGGGUAUUACUGUACAGGAUUUGAAUCACCCGGAGAAUGGGAGGACCACCAUAGGAUUUUUGGUGUAGAUGGUCCUGAUAUUCAGUACACAGGUGCACAAAACGAAAGUUUUCCAUAUGUAUAUUAUACACCUAGCUAUGGAUUUGCACAGUCUCCAUACAAUCCAUACAAUCCUUAUAUUCCUGGUGCAAUGAUAGGAGUUGAUGGUUCAUUUGGAGGAGCAGAGCAAUAUUACUCCCUCCCCAAUUAUCAAAACACUAUUUCUUCACCUGCUUAUAUUCCUGUUGUUCAACCUGACAAUUUCCCUAACAGUUCUGUUGACUCAUCGUUUGAUACCAGUGCUUCUGUCAGCAGACCUGAUGGAAAAGGUUUAAAACAUAAGUUCAAUUCAGCUUCUGGUUCCUUUACUAGGAACUCUUCAAAAUCAUUAUCAAAUCCCACAAGUUCCUUGGCCAGGAUAUCAGAAGGUCCGAGAGAUAAUACUGGGGUGAAGAAAGAUUUGACAAGUGGCAGGGGUUUUCUUAAUAUGGCUUCCUCACCUGUCCAUCAGGCCAGAAGCAUUGAUGCCUCGACCCAUGCUGUAGAUAUUUCCAAUGGAAAUGUUUUGUCCCAUAGUAAUCAAUUAAAAAUAGCUUCCCCUCUGAGUAGUGGAUUUUCUGAUUAUGGAUCUAAUGCUAAUGGACAGUCUGUGGUUGCUAAACUUCGACCAAAGGUUCAUGUAGGUAAAGGACUGAGUGAAGUAAAUGGAAGUUCUGAUGUUUUAGGUGAGCAAAAUCGGGGCCCGAGAAUUAGUAAUUAUAAGUCAAAAUUUCCACUGGCUGUCAAAGCCUAUGCAAAUAAAGGAGAUGACAAUACACAAGAGAAUAUCAUCAUUUCUACUGAUCAAUAUAACAGGGAGGAUUUCCCUGUCAAUUAUGAAAAUGCAAAGUUUUUUGUUAUAAAAUCGUACAGUGAAGAUGAUGUGCACAAAAGCAUUAAAUAUAAUGUGUGGUCAUCAACACCUCAUGGAAACAAGAAGCUGCAGAGUACUCAUGAAGAUGCUAAGAGAAUAGCUUCUGGAAAUUUUGGAAGCUGCCCUAUCUUUCUUUUCUUUUCUGUUAAUGCAAGUGGUCAAUUUUGUGGGGUUGCAGAGAUGAUUGGACCUGUUGACUUCAAUAAGGACAUGGACUUUUGGCAGCAAGAUAAAUGGAGUGGGAGCUUCCCUGUAAAGUGGCACAUCAUAAAAGAUGUGCCAAAUGCAAAUUUUAGGCACAUUAUACUAGAGAACAAUGAGAACAAACCUGUCACUAAUAGCAGAGACACACAAGAGAUAAUGUAUAGUAAAGGUUUGGAAAUGCUGAAAAUAUUCAAAAACCAUAAUUUGAAGACAUCUUUGCUUGAUGACUUUAUGUAUUAUGAAAAUCGUCAGAAGAUCAUGCAGGAAGAAAAGGCCAAGUUGCUAAUUAGAAGUUUUAAAAAUCCGUUAGUGUUACCCACAUUAGAACCACCUCGUAAGUUGAAUUUUGUCAUUGACAUCCCUCCAGUUGGUGAUGAGAAAAAUGCAAAGAUGGAUGACGAGGUUGAUAGCCUAAAACAGAUUUCAAGUGCUGGACAUAUUGUUAGUAGUUCUGAGAUCACCAGCACUACAUCUGUGGAUGAAAAGGCUGAGAAAGGUUCAGUUGAUAAAGAAGAUAUUGCUUCUGUCCUUAAGAUUGGUUCAGUUACUAUUACCCCAAAACAGGUGGAGACUAAACCAUCUGGCAUUAGUGUUGCUAAUAAGGAACCGCUUGAUGUUAUCACAGUAGGCUCAAUGCAAAUCAGAGUUAAUGGAUUUGCCGAGUCAUCCGGUUUUUUGAAGAUUGGGACUAUUCCCCUUGAUCCAAGAACACUACAGCUGGACGGAGGUUCUCGUGUUAAAAAUGGAUCUUAAAAUUUGCAUAUAAAUGUCAAGGCACGUUUUGGAUCUUUAGGAAAAGAUGGAUUUAAUGCCUGCCUGAUUGUGCCACUGUUGGGAAGUUGGGUUUCUAUUCAAUCUUCUUUUACUGCUUUUUUGUUUGCUACUGAUUGAUACAAAGGGUCAUACUGAUGUCAUGGAUAUUUUGAGCGGUGUUGAUUCAAAAUACUUUUAAUGAAAGUGUAACCCUCCUUUUGUAUUUCGGUCGUCAGCAAUAAAUAUACAAAGGUUGUUUCUUUGUUGCAGAUUUUCAAGAACUUUGUCGAACUUGAAAAAAUUUGCUAAACCUUCGAGCCUGUAUUUUUUAUGUUAAUGUUGCUUUAAUUGUU